CCUCUGCUUGCCGUUGCCGAUUCCCCCUCUGCUUCCACCCCCCACCCCGGCCCCCUCCCUGUAUAAGAGCAGCUUCCCCUCCGCCUCAUUGUCGCCGCAUCCCAGCCCCUCUCCCUGCCCAGCGGAGCUCAACUUCAGGCAACAACUAGAUACCCAAACCAGAACGCGUAACCCCGCACAAAUUUUGGUUUUGUCGCCUCCUCGACCCCCUCUUCCUCAUCCUUCGUGGCGUCGCAAGAUACCAAAAUCCACAAGUCAAAACCUCAGGGAAUGCUGAAAGAUGUGCUUUCAUAAAAGAGAUUUCUGUUGCGACAUCAAGGAGCUCGCUGCUCCACAAGGGCUGCUAGCCUGCUCAACUCUUGAUGUGAGCGACCACCUCAGCUGCAUCAAUCCUACACCCUUCAGACUCCGACACGACCAAGCCAUAAGAGUACUGUUCACCAUCAUGGACCAUGACAUGGGGGAGGAGGGCUAAAUCAUUGCAGUCCACCUAAUCGGCCGGCCAGAGGAUAGCCGUGUGUUUUAUACUUUUGGAGACAUGGAGGGCAGAGGAAAGAUUUUAAUGGAGAGGUAUGAGCUGGGGAGAAUGUUGGGGAAAGGAACAUUUGGCAAGGUGCACUAUGCAAAGAACCUUGAGUCAAAUCAGAGCGUUGCUAUUAAGAUGAUGGAUAAGGACAAAGUGCUCAAGGUUGGGCUUUCAGAGCAGAUAAGGCGUGAGAUCACAACAAUGAGAUUGGUGGCACAUAAGAACAUUGUUGAGCUUCAUGAGGUCAUGGCAACACGGAACAAGAUCUACUUUGUCAUGGAGUAUGUGAAAGGUGGCGAGCUCUUUGAAAAGAUUGAGAAGAGUGGCAAGCUCACGGAGCCUGCUGCACACAAGUACUUCCAGCAGCUUAUUAGUGCAGUGGAUUACUGCCACAGCCGAGGCGUGUACCACCGGGACCUGAAGCCUGAGAACCUGCUGCUGGAUGAGGAUGAGAACCUGAAGGUAUCUGAUUUUGGACUGAGCGCACUUUCGGAGUCGAAAAGGCAAGAUGGAUUGCUCCAUACCACCUGUGGAACACCAGCAUAUGUAGCUCCAGAGGUGAUCAGCAAGAUAGGCUAUGAUGGUGCAAAAUCAGACAUCUGGUCUUGCGGUGUUGUUCUAUUUGUUCUUGUUGCUGGUUAUCUUCCUUUCCAAGGCCCAAACUUGAUGGAGAUGUAUCGAAAGGUACAGCAUGGUGAUUUCAGGUGCCCCAGUUGGUUUUCACACAAACUCAAGAAGCUGUUGUACAAGAUCCUGGACCCUAACCCAGCCACAAGAAUUUCAAUCCAGAAAAUAAAAGAGUCUACCUGGUUCAGAAAAGGUCCCGAGGGGACCCGCACAGUUAAGGAGAAAAUUCCCUGUGAGAAUGCCACCACAAAUGCUGCUCCAACACUUUCUGUGAGGCGCAAAAAGAAUCCUUAUGAAGAUGCAAAACCGCUGCCUGUGACAAACUUAAAUGCCUUUGAAAUUAUCUCUUUCUCCUCAGGGUUUGAUCUAUCUGGCCUCUUUCUUGAAAAGGAGUGCAGAAAGGAGGCAAGAUUUACUUCAGACAAGUCAGCCUCGGCCAUCAUCUUGAAGAUUGAAGACGUCGCAAAGAUGUUGAAUCUCAGGGUAAGGAAGAAGGAUAAUGGUGUUGUCAAGAUUCAAGGGAGGAAGGAGGGAAGGAAUGGUGUCCUUCAGUUUGACACAGAGAUCUUUGAGAUCACACCAUUUCAUCAUCUUGUUGAGAUGAAACAAACAAGCGGUGAUUUUCUUGAGUAUCAGAAAUUAUUUGAAGAGGACAUCCGGCCAGCACUGAAGGACAUAGUUUGGGCCUGGCAUGGAGAUGAUCAGCAGCAAAAGCAGUAGCUUGGAUGCCUCAGUUAGUUUUUGUUCCAAAAUUCGUUGGAUUCUUCAGCUAAGGGUGAUUCUGUUCUACAUGUGUGUUCUUUUUUAGAAGCUGCAUCCAUUUUGUGAUGUGUACCAUAGGCUACAUUCCAUUCGAACAAUAAUUGUUGAGAAGCUGAGUUCUUGAGUUUCAUUCUGAAAAUUGUUUCUGUUCUGUAAUGGUUGUACCUGUCGAUAAUGAAAUACAAUGCCUUUGAUCCUUGAAAAAAGGUUGAGCUUUCCUGCA